AAAAUGGCGAUUUUACAACACUGGCACACGAAAACAUACCUCUAAAAUGGCUUAUAUUUCUGCAACAGGAGGCUAUUCUACACCACGGAAUACAGUAUCAAGAGGGUUGUCUCCUCCAAAAUCUCAUGGAGCCGAGUUUUUUCCUGUGGCUUCAGGCGUUCAAGUUCCGUAUGUUGGAGGUGACGAGUUUGUGAUAACAGCUGAGUCGUUAGAAAGACCUUCGACUUAUCAUACAGAUAUUGUUCCUUCAAGACUUGCACAUUAUAACUCCUUGGUUUCUACUGCAGUUAUUCAAAAUAGUCUUGAUGUUAUAGGGAAAAAGAGAUCAGAAUCUCCCCAGAAUGAACAGAAUGAGAAGCUAAUCCAAGUUUUAACUCGAAAUCCACCUACGGUAACUGAUAGAACAAAUAAUAGCGUGAGCAAAAGUUAUUUGAAGAAAAUAAGUAGUGGCUUCUCGUUUUCUGAUGAAGUGGUCCUAUCUCGUGCACCACACACAGUUCCGUACCAGGAGAAGGAAGCUCAAAAGGUAUUCAAGGCUGAUGGUGUUGUAAAGUUGAAGCCCAAAGUUGUGUCAGGCCUUACUGGAAGGCAUGACCCUCGAGGAUCAAUCAGGCACCAUGUUCCUUGUCACUUGAAGGGACCAAGAAGACUUAAGCCCUUAAAAAAGCACCAAAUUACUGAAAGUGAAAAAGACUCUACCACCAUUUCAUUAGCAGAAGUAAAGCUCAUCCCAAAAGCUGGCAAAUUGGAUGAUCAAAUCCCUAAAGAACUGUCCAGACAUGGUUGGGAUGAGUUUGUUUUAUCAUCACUCAGUAAAGCAACGGCUGAUUGGAUUGUCAGUGAACACAUUUCAGGAGUCGAAAAAGAAAGGCUUGCAGGAUUUUUGAAAAAGAGGUACAAGGAUGUAGAAGAAGAUCCAAAAACUGAGAAAACUGCUUUACCAAAAGAUGAACCAGGAUCCGUAAAAAAGGAAAAAUUCAAAGACAAAGACAAAGACCUAAAGACAGAACAAACUUCAGAAGUUCACCUAACUUCAUCUUUUUUUCUACCUCCUGGUGUUGGAGACAAAAAAAUUGACACUAAAAAUUUCUAUCAACAAGAACUUCUAAGUGGAGCUUUUCCACUGCCAUCUAAAAAGUUAAAAGAACAAAAUGCUAUAGUUUUAGACUCUAAUGAUAAAGUAAGGUUUAAGAAACACCUGCAAGAGAACUUCCCACAAGGGGCAGUUCCAUGGUUUCCAAGUGAGUUAAAGGAAAAGAAAUCAAGUAUGUCACAGAUUGGAAGACAGAAGAAGGGACUGCAAAGAUGGAAGGAUUUGCCAUCUGUGAUACAGGAUGACAGCUACAUUAAUACACCAAUGUAUACAAUGAGCAGCUCAGAUAUGGACAUAUCAGAACUAAGCGCUGAAUAUAAACAGAGAAAAAAGAUYAAGGAAGAUAUCAAUGUUGUGAAAAUUGCUGAGGAAUGGAGGUCCAAAUGGUUCCUGGACAGAAAAUGGCAGAAUAGCACAACCGAGGAACUUCUUAAAGCAAUGGACGACAUCAAUGAUCAUGUUCGUUUAGCUGCAGUAGCUGCCUGUAGCAAGGCUGCAAUGAUUAGAAAGACAAAGAAAGAAGAACCAGUACUGCAAGGCAUAUCACUGGACAAAGCAAAAGAAAGUGAAAUCUCCCUCCAAAGUACUCUUGAGCCCGAGUUAUUUGAUAAAGUAACGCAACUGCUUCAAGACCGGAAUGUCCAUGUGAGAAUCGCUGCAGCCAUUACACUCUACACCUUGAACAAGCCAAAUGAACAGGCGGAGAGUGUGUUACUUUGGUCUAUAGAACAUGGAGGUCCUCCAGAGAAAUGGGCUGCUACCCAGUGUCUUGCAUUAGCUGGUAUCGUCUGUGAUCAGGUCAUCAAUGAAUUGGUCAGGCAGCUGCAUUCUGAUAACUCUGUUCGUGCUGUUGAGGCUGGAGGUCUGUUGGCAGAGCUAAGUAGGCUUUCAGGUAUUGUACAAUCGCUGAUAGCUGAACUCCUAAACAGCAGUAGCUGGAAAGACAGAGCGACAGCCUGUAAAGUCAUCCCUAAACUCAAGGGAGGUAUUAAUAAGGACAUGACGCAUAAGCUGUCAUAUCUGAUGUGGAGCGAUUGGAGUAAAGAGGUGCGGACUGCUGCUGCACAAGCACUGGGGAAAACUGGGAACGGGAAGCUUGUCCAUGACGCCCUCCAACAAAGAAUCACGUCAGGGAAUGAGCGCGUUAAGGUGGACGCACUCAAGAAAUUAUCUAAUCUUGGUAUCAUGACUGUUCGUUUACUACCUGCUUUGCUCCAGUGUUUCCAUAGUGAAUAUGUGUCUGUAAGGAUCGAAGCAGCCAUGGCCGCUGGUCAGUUAAAAAUAACCGAUGACAAAAUGUUAAACGAGCUUCUUUUAAUCGCAAGUAAUGAUCGAAGCUGGAAGGUCAAGGCGCACGUUAUUAAAGCUCUAGGUAACAUUGGUAUUGUCAACGAUCGCGUAACAGAAGUGUUAUUAUGGGCUAUACGCUAUGACAAGAUGGCAGCAGUACGUGCAGAGGCCUGUAAUGCUGUAUCGAAGCUACGCAUCAGGGAUCCACGCAUUCUUGCUGUUCUACAAGACAGACUGGUAGUCGAGACGGACGAUCUCGUUAAAAGAGAGGCAAUCUUUACUCUAAAAUGUCUUGGUGUCGAGCCAACGGGAGAUUUAGAAAUGCUUGAAGCAAUAGGAAAAGAAGUACGUCGAUUGUGUACACGUGAUGUGAUUGUCUCACACAUCAUCGACGAAGACAAAGCCCAGUCUUACUCUAAAGACUACAAGAGACUUUUCACUACCGCUGAAUCUGACACCGAAGGCUCAGCCACAACACCUUUAGAAUCCACGAAAAUGAGUCGAGAAAAGAGCAUGGCAUCGCGUGCGACCAGUCAGUUGUCAGAACGAGGCUGGGAUCCUAUAUUGGGAGGUUUCCAAGCCCGAGAAAGAAUGUCACGAGCUCCUACUCCUGGAACCUUACACAUGGAUCAUUCUUAUUUACCUAUGGACUUGAACAGUGCGUCAUCUGAAAAUAGCUCUGUUAUUGCUCUGGAUGAUGUUGCUUUUUCAGAUGUUGAUGAUGAUGACAAAGAAAAAGUUGCCGGAAAUACAAAGGAAGGCGAGGAUAAAAAAAGUGAUUCAGCCGUAUCUAAUGAUCAAAAUUUUAAGGCAUCAACUUCACAGACUAAAACAAUCAAUAGCCCAGAACAGAAUAAAAAUCUAAGUCAAAUAAGAAAUAAUAGCGGAGAGGUUGCUACACAAAAGGAGACAACGGGAGACUCAAAUGCACAGCCUGCCGUCAUGGAUAAAGAAUCUAUGUCAGCGGCUGCGAGCGCAGAGGAUGCGCAGGAUCUUUGUUCAGAUGUAGAUUCCAAUAAAGAAGAUCCUGAACUUUUAGGUCUCGAAGAUGACUUUAGUGAAAAACGAAGUGUUGCUUUUAGUCAGUCAGAACAAGAUGAUGAUGAUGAUGCUGAAUCAACUGAUGAUGAUAACGACUAGGAAUGUAGAUUAUAUUAAUUUAUGUACAUUGAAUACUACUAGUUUUUUUUAAGUCAAUAAAUACACUAGACAGUC